AUGACUACUAUAGAUGAUAUAUCAAGUCUAGAAUGUUUGUAUAGGCAAACAAUGAGACUGAAUCCCUACACCGCCAGUUUGAGUCUGGCUACUACGUCUACAUUGACUACUCCGUAUGACUGCAUAGUACGAUCCACUGGUGAAUUGGUCCCUGCUGAAAUGGUUCCUACUGAAAGAAUACAAGCCACCAAAUCCCUUACCAGCAGCAUCGCCAAUUAA